UAUUUUGGAAAAUCCUACCGGAAGUGUUGGUUUCCUACUGGACUUGACUGCGGUCGCACACAGACAGGGAAUUCGCUGUCAAGAGGGUGGAUGCCUAAAGCUGGAGACGACCUAGAGGCCUUACAGAUACAUUUGUGCUUUUGUCGCUCUAAUCUGCAUCCGCAGAGAUCUGGAGGCACACUUGUUUCCGCGGUGAGUAAUAUCUACCUCAGCCAGCAGACGGGAUAAUCCGGGAAGCUGCUGGAGACUUCGUACCAGCCAACAGAGCUAUCAGCUGGCCACUUGCUCACUGCCUGCCUAGUCCGGCUUUGCGAAGAGGAUUUGAGACGGACUGGAUCCGUCGACCCUUCACCUCCUGCGACUCCUCUACAAGAGAAAGAACAAAGCUGCAUCCUCUGACUCCAGCGUCCGUUCACUUUUUUAUUGUCUUUUUUCCCUUUGUGCUGUUGACCAGUGGGACAUUUUCCAUGGAUGCAUUUUUUCCUUUGAGCUUUUAAAAGAUUUUUUUUCUACUUUUACUAGUGCAGGCUGUAGUAUUAUAUAUGUAAAUACAUAUGCAUAUAUUGUAUAGUGUAUGAGGAAGUAUGUCCCCCCCCCCUCGAAGGAUAGCUGAUGCACUUUAAAGCCCGGCUGUGAUAUUUGUCCUCUUCUGUUAUGACCAUUUUGCUCGAAGCUGAAAACGCUGAAUGUGGGGGCGUGUCCUGUGCUUCAGGCUGGGUGUGAUGCUUCUGCAGCAGGGCUGCAUGUGAGCUUUUUUCUCAGCCUGCCUUUUUUGACCCCCCACCCCUUCACUCUCACAAGGAACUCGGACAUGAACCUCUGGCAGGCGGGGUCCUUGAGUUGUGACUCGACUUAACUCGACCGGUUUUGGUGUUUUUGUACAACAGAUACGAGAAAACAAACUACAGCAAACAGGAGCUUCCGGUGCUGUUGCACCACCUAUGUAUUGUUGUAGUGCACAGGAAAGUAAAAUGGACUACAAGCGUCGCUUUUUGCUCGGCGGGUCCAAGCAGAAAGUACAACAGCACCAGCAGUACCAGAUGCCUGAGCUGAGCCGGACCCUGAGCGCCUCUCUAGCUUCCUCUUGCUCCGCUUCAUCGCCAAUGGGCACUGGGGUGGGCAUUCCUGGCAGUUGCCACCCACCUCCCUCUGGCACCACGACAGACGUCGCUGACAUCCAGCAAGGCAUCUCCAAAUAUCUGGAUGCCCUUAACGUGUUCUCCCGGGCCAGCGCCUUCCUCACAGACCUGUUCAGCAACGUGUUCAGGAACUCUCAUUAUUCCAAAGCAGCUAUGCAACUGAAGGACGUGCAGGAACACGUCAUGGAGGCGGCCAGCAGGCUGACUGCAGCAAUAAAGCCUGAGAUUGCCAAGAUGCUGAUGGAGCUGAGUGUCGGGGCGGCAAAUUUUAAAGACCAGAAUGACUUCAGCCUGCAGGACGUUGAGGUUCUGGGUCGGUGCUUCAUCACAGUCAUGCAGGUCCAUUUCCAGUUUCUGUCCCAGGCUCUGCAGAAGGUCCAGCCCGUGGCUCAGUCCUGCCUGGCUGAGGCUCUCGCCCAGGCCCAGGAGCGCUGCGCCAGCUCCCGCUCCCAAAGCUCGGACCUCGGGCCCCUAACGGAACUAGAAGAAGCUUCUCGCUCAUGGAAAGGUGCAGCAGAGGCCACAGCGAGGCUGAGAGAGCGAGGCCGAGACGGCUGCCUGGCAGGCAUCCAGGUGCAGCAGCUGUUCUGCUCAAACACCACCUCCAUCCCUGAGCACCAGCUGAAGGAGCUCAACAUCAAGAUCGACAGCGCGUUGCAGGCCUACAGAGCUGCUCUAGAGAGCCUGGGACACAGCGAGUACGCUCUGAAGGCCGGCUUCCAUCUCAGCCCUAAAGCCGUGGAGGAUGCCUUACAGGGCUGUUGCAGUGAGGUGGAGGCUCAGCAGGCCGGCAAGAUGCAUACCACCUCCCAGCCCAUCCAGUGUGAGCUUCCCACCAUCCCAGUGCAGAUCGGCUCUCAGUUCCUCAAAGGAGUGUCCUUCAACGAGUCAGCGGCUGAAAACCUCAAACUGAAAACGCACACGAUGCUGCAGCUCAUUAAGGAGGCGCUGGGUCAGAACGGAAUGACCCCCAGAGACGACUCUCCCGUCACCGAGGUCCUCAAUCAGGUGUGCCCAUCCAGCUGGAGAGGAGCCUGUAAGACGGCCGUCCAGCUGCUGUUCGCCCAGGCUGGUCUGGUGGUUGUGGACACGGCUCAGAUCGAGAACCGGGAGGCCUACGCUCCUCACAUCACCCUGGAGGGAUCCAGGGUGGUGGUCCAGGUUCCCUCUACAUGGUGCCUGAAGGAGGACCCGGCCACCAUGUCCCUCCUGCAGCGAAGUCUAGACCCGGAGAAGACACUCGGACUCGUAGAUGUCCUCUACACGUCUGUGUUUGACAUCAACAGGUGGAAGGAGAGGAAGGAGCAGGCGCUUCCCACCAUCCAGAUCCAGCUGCAGCGGGAGAGCCCGGAAUACUGCAGCCAGACAGAUUUACCCACCGGUUCCAGCUCCAAGACCUCCGGGGGAUUACCAAAAACCAUAUCCAAACUGACUUCCAAGUUUGCCAAGAAGGUCUCCUCCAGCUCCAACAGCGGAGGCAGCUACUCCAUCCCCAGCACUCCGUCUCGCAGCAUGCUGACCACCGGCAGCUCCGAGGACAAAGCCAAAGGCCUGGGCCACGGCAACGGGAGGAUACACAGCAUCCUGCAGAUGGGCAGCAUGCCCUGCACCCCCGACGCCACCCAGCAGAACCCACUGGCUAAUGGCUCGAUGUUUGAAGACCAGGGGAUGAACCUGCCAACCGACCAAGAGAUGCAAGAUGUCAUCGACUUCCUCUCAGGAUUCAACAUGGGGAAAUCCCAGCAGGCCUCCCCUCUGGUCAAGAGGAGGAACUCCGUGGCCUCGGCCAACCCGGCUGAGCUGAAGCCCACCAGCGGCCCUCCACCCGCCUCGCAGUCCGUCUCCCACAGUGCCCUGCCACAAGCUCCGCCUCCACCUUCGGUGCAGAAGCAGCAGCCCCCGCCUCAAACACAGCCCCCCCCUCCACAGCAGCAGCAGCAGCAACCUCCACCCCCCUCUCAGCAGUCCUCCCCACAGGCCCUGCAGUACUAUCAGCACCUCCUGCAGCCCAUCACGCAGCAGCAGGCACCUCCUCCUCAACUUCCCCCCCAGCAGACCCCCCCACAGGUCCUCCCACAGCAGAGAGGCGCCAGCAAGUGGCUCGGCUCCUCGGGGCAGCAGCCGUCCCCUCAGGCCCCCCCAGCAGGACUGUCGCCGUUGGGUCCCAUCGGGCAGUGGGGGUCCCCUGGGCUGCCGGACCUGAGCUCUGACCUGUACAGUCUGGGUCUGGUCAGCACCUACAUGGACAGCGUCAUCUCAGACAUGCUGGGCCAGAAGCCCCAAGGUCCCCGCAACAACACCUGGCCCAACAGGGACCAGGGCGAGGGGGUGUUUGGAGUCCUGGGAGACGCGCUGCCUUUCGACCCAGCAGUUGGCUCCGACCCGGAGUUCGCACGUUACGUUGCCGGUGUGAGCCAAGCCAUGCAGCAGAAACGGCAGGUGCAGCACAUCCGUCGCCCUAGUAACGCACGCAGCAACUGGCCAAUGCCUGAGGAGCAGCAGCACCGGACCUGGUCCCACCCAGAGUACUACAGCGAGGGUGAUGCGGUGAACAGCGGCUGGUCAGCCAAUCAGGGAGAUUCGGCCAGCUCCAGUGACGAGACGUCGUCGGCCAACGGCGACAGCCUGUUCUCCAUGUUCUCUGGGCCGGACCUCGUAGCGGCAGUUAAACAAAGGAGGAAGCACAGCUGUGGAGAGCCGGAGGUGUGCACCCUCCCAUCACCACCGCUGCACCACAUCGGUGACGAUAACCAGGACAGCAAAACUAAAACCUGGCCCCCCAAAGCGCCAUGGCAGCACACCACUCAGACCAACACCAUGCCCAAUCCCAGCUCUUCCUUGUACCAGAUGAACCUGCCUCCUUCCUCCCAGUGGAGCGACUCCAUGCAGAUGCUGCAGUCUCCCGUGUGGUCGACCGCCGGUGACUGCCCCCCCUCCACUGGAAUGUCCUCUGGCUUUCCCUUCAUCCAGCAGCAGCAGCAACACAAACCCAUGACCAAGGGCUUCAAAUCCUUCCCCCUCAAACACGAGCAUAGGCCCUCCUACUUGCACCAGUACUGAAGAAUCGGGCCCAAAGCGCCGCUGGCGACCCGCAGCUUGGUCAACACGAGUCUGAGCCGCAAACAUCUGUCUUCGUCCCCCGAUCAGAAGGUUUCAGCGGCGCUAAGCUAACACACCGGCUCAACGAUUUUCUAUCUAUAUUUUUCCAUGUCAAACAUCCCGUUUGGAAAAUCAGAAAUAACCUAUUUUGAAAUUUUUUGAACUGCCAUGUUUUAACAAUGAGAGGUGCAUGUGUCAUGCUAGCAGGAGUUAGCCUAGCGGUCGUUUCUCUGUCUGUUGAGCCGACGUUUCCUCAGACGAGAGCUGGAGACGCGCUCGGCCGACACCCACUUGCUUCUGCAGCUGUGUGUGUGUGUGUGUGUGUUGAGACUACGAGAGGGCCAGAGCUUGAAAUGCUCUCAUUCUGCCCACAAGUAUACUGUGUCUUCAUAGCUGUAACUGCCAAAUCUCACGCAGGAUGACUGGGAGUACAGCUACCAUCUACUGUUUCAUAACUUGUAAAAUACUAAAGCUGAAAUAUAAAUAUGUGGUUGUUUUUAUGGAGAGGCUUUGAGCAGGCUCAGCAUAAAUAUAGUAAGCCACUGCAGAGGUGUCGUUUCAGAGAUACACUACUUUUUCAUCACCUGACCAGAGUUCAGACGUGUAGCUGGAACUAUGUGCCAUGUGGGUCAACAAAGCACUUGCAGAUGAUUAUUUCAAACCAGUGUUGUGCAGACGAACGCUGCGGUCCGAGAUUCUCCACUAACCGGAUGGCCGUGCUAGUCUUCACUCCCAGCUCUCUAAUUGGCAGUUUACUCCAAAUUCACACUAGCCCCGCCCCCUUUUGGUUUAAUGAUACAAUAUUUUUUUUUGUGAACAGUUGACAGUAUUAAUCUUUUUGUAUUUUCUUACACGUUAAACCACAACUGCGUGUUGGUAUUGUUGACGUUAAACAUUCUUUCCCACCUCCCAAGAUGUGAAAAGCACAUUUCUUUUCUACAGAGUUUAAACUACACCAUUUUAUCUACAAAGGUUACCAAAUACGCCACGCUAAACACUAAAACAUUGUGUGACGAGGGGGGCUUUUUCUCAGCCCUUGUCCCUGCGGUUUCUAUGGCGACGGGCUGCAUUUAAAAGCCCAGAAUGUUAACUUUUUGUGAUGUUUGCGGAUGCCAAUGUUGCCUGUAUUUAUGAAAAGACACCAUGUUUUCAGAUAACUAACAUACUUAACAUGUUUACAGAGAAUUGUUUGCUGUACAUACAUAUAAAUAUAAAUAUAUCUUUUUAUAGUUAAUGUGCUUUGCACAAUCAAGAUAGUUUGUUGCUUUUUUUGUCUGUUUUCUCCCUCUUACUGUUGCAGCCUCUUUUUUUUAAGACAUCCUUAGACCUUGGACUGUAACUGUUAGCUUCUCAGCUGUGUAAAAAAAAAAAAAAGGUUUACUAGCAGCUUCUAGAAAAGGUUGAGAAAUAAUACAAACGUGUUUCCCUGAUAGUAAACAUGAAGGGGGACUGCUUGGCUUAUGUUGCAUAUUAUUCCCUUGAGCUGGCAACUGGCUCUUUCCAAGUGUACCAGCAAUGCAAAAAACAAAUAAAAAGAACUAGCAAUUUCA